AUGUUUAUUUCGGAGUAUGCGCAAUCACAAAACGUCAUAGAUGUCAUGAACAGAUUUAGAUUGUUCCACACAAAAGACGAAGGCAUUAUUUUUGAUGAAAAUCAUUGCCGGGCGUUAAUAAAGAAAACCAAAGAAACUACUUGGAUCCGCUUCGUCAUCCUAUGGAUUUUGAUACUCAUUGGCGUGGUAUCAAAUAUUCUCUGUUUCCAUGGAGAUAGGAGCCCCAUCAUUGUCCUGCAGUUUGCCUUGUCCGCUUACAUAUUUGCUGGUGUCACUAGCUAUGGAAUGCAAUUCAAUACUUUCUGUCAAAUGGUCAUCAAUAGAUUUUCGGAUAUCAACAGUACAUUGUGGGAGCUCACUCAAAUCGACACGUGCCCGUUUCCACGCGAGAAACUGCGGACGUUGGAUGACGUUGGCCGAUGCCACAGCGCCCUGGGCGAUAUCGUCGAGGAGAUCAACUGGACGUACGGUCCCAAGACGAUGGGUCUUUUCAUCGUGUGUCUACUCAGCAUAAUGCCGCACUUGUUCCAAGUGGGAAUCGGCUUCAUCCUCUCUACUCUCCAAUUCGUCGCCUUCACCCACUUCUUCUGGCCGUUUCUCUUCAUCUACUGCAUCGCUUUGCUCACCAUUCCUGCCGCAUCCGUCUCCAAAGAAGCGAAGAAAACUACCAUCAUCCUGUCAGAAAUGUUGAUGAAAUGCACUCACGGAGCUACGGAGAAAGAGAUCGUGGUUUGUAUGGAGCGACUGAACAGCCGGCCUAUUCAGCUCUCUCUCAUGGGACUUACAACUCUUAACAACAAUCUCUUUGGAUCAAGCAUGGUUGCACUUAUCGGAUACUUCUUCCUGGUCAUUCAGUCUUACAUGACCGAGCUGGACAAAGUUCACAGCAUUGGAAAGACGUGAAUUUUAAUAUCAUUACUAGCCGUUCUGGACGUGCUUGGCGCGGUAUUGGAUGACUCAAUAAGGAGGCUAGAUGAUUUUGUGAAAUGCUAAACUUUAAACUACGUGAAAUGAUUAAUCAAGUAUAUCCCCGAGAACCAAAACCUUCCUGGUCGCUGGUCAGGGAAUUUUUUAGGAGAGCAACCCUGCAAAACAUUAACUAUGACGUCAGCUUUAUGCUCUGAACAUAGGUCGGGUUGUCAAAUCACUGGUGAUUUUAGUUUACUGUGAUUAUGAUUAGAUAAAUUAUUUGUCAAAAUACCGCGAAUACUUGAAUCUAGUCUGGAAUCACCUCCGCUAAUCUCCAAUAACAACGAAAUUAUCACCAUCACUAUCAUCAACCGUGCCGUGAUCAGUAUGAUGUGAUAAAGGACAACCAGCUAUCAAAACCAAAUAUGUACAAAAGAAUUGAAAUAAAUAAAUGAAACUAUCA